AUGUAUGAAGAGAAUGACACAUGGAAAAAAGAGGCCCUGGGGGAUGAACUAGCUACCACGAGAAUGCAGAAGCUGGAGCAGCAGUGGAGGCUAUUUGAGAAGAAACAGCGACGAAAGCGCCAAGAGCCGCUCAUGGUUCAGGCCAACCCCGAUGCUUCGCGGGGAACUCGGCGACCAAGGAGGCGGGAGGACUACCUCCGGAGUGACUACUAUGGUCCUGGAAACGCUUUCCUCCAGGAGAACAUUCCAGAAGCACAUCUGAAGUCUGGUGCACACAAUGCCCUCGGUACCAUGAGCUGUGGUGGAGAUGGCAAUGGGGAGCGCAACCCCCUAGAUGCCCUCACAGAAGCAGACAGUUCAGAUCUGGAGUUGGAGGAAGUCUCUAUAGAUGACAUUCCCACCUCUCCCCCUCCUUAUAAAGAACUUUUGAGGACUCGACGAAGGGGUUGGACAACCCGCCAUCGACCUGGGUCCAGUGCUGAGGACAAAAGAAGAAUCCAAGAUGGUGGAGAUGAAUACAUGGCACCCAGUCUGGAAUUACCUGGAAUGGAUAGCAUCCAAUAUGGUGGAGGCUUGGCUUCCAACAAAAUGGGUGAAGACCUGGGUACCCAGGUAAAUAAAGAGGAGCUGGAACCUGCAUUGAGGACCUUCUCAGGGGCAGCCCACCAAGAGGUGUUCCAAUACCCGGAAAGCGAGGACGGCUCGGGAAGUGGAGACGUGGGGAACACACAUCGCUUGCCACUCCGGGCCCCAGGUCCUCGGCUGGGCGAGGAUAUGGAGGCAUACAUGUUGCGGCCGGCGCUGCGGGGACACACAGUUCAAUGCCGCAUCAGCCGGGACAAGCGUGGCGUAGACAAGGGACUGUUUCCCUUCUAUUACCUGUAUCUAGAAGCAGCCGAUGGCCGGAAGCACUUCCUCCUGGCUGGGCGGAAGAGAAAAAGGAGUACAACCUCUAAUUAUCUCAUCUCCUUGGACCCUACAGACUUGUCUAGAGAUGGGGACUAUUUUGUGGGCAAAGUCAGAUCCAAUAUUUUGGGCACCAAAUUCAUCAUCUUUGACAAUGGGGUAAACCCUGACCGGAAGAAUUGUGUCCCAGAGACUGCCCGGAUCAGGGAGGAGCUGGGAGCUGUGUGUUAUGAGACCAACGUCUUGGGAUUCCGGGGACCCCGGAAAAUGACUGUGAUCAUUCCAGGAUUCGAUGCCCAGAACCGGAGAAUCAGGGUCCAGCCACAAAAUGAACAAGAGUCAUUACUGAAUCGCCUCCAGCGAGGAAUCAGCCAAGGGCUGAUUCUGCUGCAAAACAAAGCCCCAUCCUGGAGCGAUGAGAGCAGCGCCUACGUGCUCGAUUUCCACGGUCGAGUCACUCGGGCCUCAGUCAAAAAUUUCCAGAUCGUCCAUCCAGAAGACCCCGACUACCUGGUGCUUCAGUUCGGCCGUGUGGCCCCAGACACGUUCACCAUGGACUUCUGCUACCCACUUUGUCCGCUCCAAGCCUUCGCUAUCUGCUUGUCCAGCUUUGAUGGGAAGCUGGCAUGUGAGUAA